AUGUACGGCAUCCGCCCCUCGUACUUGGCCUUCUGCGAUUCUAUUGAAUGGACAUUUAAACACCCCAAAACUAUCUACGCCUGGGAGGGGGCUUGCGUCUGGAUUCCCUGCACAUUCAAAAACAAACAAAAUAAGGAGCUCCUGGAUAACUUCACACUGUACCACAAUCCUGUGUACAUCGAUGAGGCCAAAGUCUUCAAUGGGACUCUUCUCUAUAAGAAGACAGGGACAGAGGAGAUCUUUUCUCAAGAUCAGAGGGUGAAAAAGACAGAAAAUAAUUGUACCCUGAGCAUCAACCCAGUGUUCGUCCGUGACAGUGGCAAGCUGGGGAUGAGGGUGACGUGGAAAAAAGACAAAGAGGAAAAAGAUGAAGAGGCAGACAGAUGGAUGAAUUAUGUGUUCCUCAAUGUCUCCAAAACCACUCCUCCACCUCAGAUCGGGCUCUCCUCUUCAAGAAUGCAGGAGGAUGAGUCAGUCACUGCCACCUGCUUGCUGGAUUUUGCCUGCUUUCAGUACGACAUCCAGUUGCGUUGGUCCCUGGAGGAGCCCCACCAUACCUUCCGUUCCACUGACAUCUCCACCACCCUUUCCACUGAGAAAAUCUCCACCGUGAGCAAGCUCCAGUUCCAGCCCCAGUGGACUCACCAUGGGAAGACCCUAAGAUGCGAGGUCCUGCAUUCUUCCACAGUGCUCUCUAAGAAUAUGGUGCAGCUGGAUGUGAAGUACUCUCCGAAGUUGAACAUUGAAGUCUAUCCCAGAGAAGCCACUGUCAUGAAGGGGGAGUCUGUGAACAUGACAUGCAAGGUCACCAGCAGCAACCCAGAGCACGAGCACGAGACUAUGUCCUGGCUCAAGGAUGGCGUCCCCAUGCAGGAGCAGCAGCCCACACUAAUUCUGCCCAAAGUGACCAGGGAAUCAGCAGGGACUUAUCUCUGUCAGGCCUCCAACGCCGUGGGCCUGGGGAAGUCAAAAGAAGUGAAGCUCCAAGUGCGGUAUGCACCAGAACCUUCCACGGUUCAUAUCCACCCGUCACCCGCCACUGAGGGAGAAUCAGUAGAGCUGCUUUGUGUCUCACUGGCCAAUCCUCUGGCCGAACAUUACACCUGGCACCACAAUGGGAACGAAAUGCUGGGAGAGACAGAAGAGAAAGUCCACAUUUCCAAAGUUCACCUUGAGAAUGCUGGGAAUUAUUCCUGCUCAGCAGAGAACAUUUAUGGCCACGGACAGAGCGGCCAGGGUGCGGAGCUGGAUGUCCAGUAUCGCCCCAAGGAGGUGACUGUAGUGACUCAGAACUCCACCCUGAUUCGAGAAGGAGACAGUGUGAAGCUGUUCUGUAGAUACCACUCCAGUAACCCGGAUGUUACCCAUUAUUACUGGAAGCACGGAAACUUCUGGAAUGAGACAUACACUGAACAACUGUUGGUUUAUAAGGUUGCCUGGAACACCCCACCUGUCGCCUGCAAAGCCUGUAACCAGUGGUGUUCAGAGUCAUCUCCCAUCAACCUGGGUGUCCAGUAUGCCCCCAGAGAUGUGAAGAUUCUGCAGCUCAAACCCAGCUCAGAGAUCCAAGCUGGGAACCAGGUCUUCCUCCAAUGUGACUUCUCACAGAGCAACCCCAAAGACGUCCGCUUCAUCUGGAAGAAAAAUGGAAGUCUUCUCAAAGAGGGAAAAGAACUCAUUUUUGACUCCAUAUCCCCAGAAGAUGCUGGAGAUUACAGCUGUUCAAUCAGUAACUCCAUAGGACAGAGCACAUCGAAGACCCGGAAGCUCCAAGUGCUGUAUGCACCCCGGAGGCUGCGUGUGUCCUUCAGCCCAGCAGACAGUGUGAUGGAGGGGAGGGAGGCGGCUCUGACUUGCGAGAGCGAUGCCAACCCUCCCGUGUCACACUACAGCUGGUUUGACUGGAAUAACCAAAAUCUCCAGUACAAUGGUCAGACACUGAGGCUGGAGCCUCUGCAGAUCAAGCACUCAGGCUCCUACUGGUGCCAGGGAUCCAACAGGCUGGGCGAGGGCAAGUCUCCCCCCAGCACGCUCACCGUCUACUACAGCCCAGAGACCCUUGGCAAGCGAGCAGCCAUAGGGAUCGGGUCCUGCCUGGGCAUCGUCAUUCUGGCCAUCUGGGGAGUGAAGUUUCAACAACACAGGAAGCGGGCACAGAGCCGGCAGGGGCUUCAGGAAACUUCCAGUAGUCAGAGUUUCUUUGUGCGGAAUAAAAAGGUUAGAAGGGCGCCCCUCUCGGAAGGCCCUCACACCUUGGGAUGCUACAAUCCGGCAAUAGAAGACAGCAUCAGCUACGCCACCUUGCACUUUCCCGAGACAGAUGCACCGAGAUCUGGAGAUGCAGGGACCUCUGAAAUGCAGACACCUCUCCCACAUAGCGACUACGCGGUCACAUACUCAGUGGUGGAGAAUCGUCAUGUGGGUGACUACGAAAACGUGGUGCCGGAUCUUUCAGAAGACGAGGGGAUCCAUUAUUCAGAGCUGGUGAGGUUUGGUGCUGCAGAACGCUCCCAGGCACAUGAAGACGUGGAAUAUGUGGCCCUUAAGCACUGAUGCUGGAGCCAGCUGCAUUGAAAAUGUCUGGGGCUGAUGGAGCCAUGAAGUCCCAGCUGCCCCCAGCUGGGGCUCACUCACCACCUACCCCACCCCAGUCACUGUGGAGAACUUGGGCUGGCCCAGAGCCAGCCCUCCUUCUGGGCACUGAUGACCCCCAUCCCCCAAAAGCCUGUCCCUGCCCUUCUCUCUUUCUCACCUGGAAACUCACCUACAGGCCCACCCUCUGCUGUACAGCCUCCAGCCCCAGCGGUCUGCCCCCAUCUACCCACUCCCACUCCCUGCCCCAGCUUCCUGUGUCCAUGCUGGGAGCCACAUAUGUCACUAAGUUUUCUUCUUCCCUUCCCCCCACUCACGGAUUUGAAAUUCAAUCUCUGCCCCUCGGGGAAUUCCGAGGAAGGACAGAAAUGAGGUAGUAAGAAGCACUGUCCCCAGCUGGCUUCUCCUCAAGAAAUGUGACUGCCAACAAGCGAGGCUGCCGUGCAGAGGAUGACACUGCAGCAGCCCUGCCCUCAGGUCCCAGGGGCUGAGCAGACUAUGGAUGAGGACACACACCACAGAG